GUUCAUGAAGAGCUGUCAAACGUAUGGCCUUUAUGUCAAACAUAUGCUCGCUUUUCAUUAAACUUGCCAGUUGCAAAAUUGCUCUUAAACCCAUGAAAAGGUGAAACCAUAUAACAAGAACGUCAAAAUUGUGGGCAGAUUUUUUUCCUUUGUCAGCCAUCUAACUCAACUGCGCGUCUUUGGGCAUGGAGGCCCACAGUUCAGGUCAGCAGCUCUCACGGAAGAGGAAGCGAGAGGAGGGCUCAAACGGAGAGGCAGAGGAUGGAGAGCGCAAAGCAAAGGCCCUACGCCGCAUGCCGGGCUUGACAGAGCCAGCGCCCUUUGCCGAUGAGCUAGAAGAAGUGACCGGUGGGUAUGUACGCGUGACUAUGGAGGAGGCACAGAAGGGAACUCCUCCGGACCGGCCAGUGAGAGUGUACGCUGAUGGCAUUUUUGACAUGUUCCAUUCGGGGCAUGCCAGGGCCCUGAUGCAAGCCAAGUGCCUCUUUCCCAACACCUACCUCAUUGUAGGAGUGUGCAGCGAUGACCUCACGCACAAGUUUAAGGGCUUCACGGUAAUGAACGAGGAUGAGCGCUAUGACGCAAUCAGCCAUUGCCGCUACGUUGACGAGGUGGUGCGUGACGCACCCUGGACGCUCACGCCCGACUUCCUGGCAGAGCACAGGAUUGACUUUGUCGCCCACGAUGACAUCCCUUACUCGUCUGCAGGGAGUGAUGAUGUGUACAAACACAUCAAGGAGGCGGGCAUGUUUGCUCCCACACAGCGAACUGAAGGCAUCUCCACCUCGGACAUCAUCACACGCAUCGUCCGAGACUACGAUGUAUAUGUACGGCGCAACUUGCAGAGAGGCUACACCGCCAAGGAGCUCAACGUCAGCUUCAUCAAUGAGAAGAAGUACCACCUGCAGGAGCGCGUGGACAAGGUGAAGCAGAAGGUGCGGGAUGUGGAGGAGCGUUCCAAGGAGUUUGUGCAGAAGGUGGAGGAGAAGAGCAUCGACCUCAUCCAGAAGUGGGAGGAGAAGUCCCGCGAGUUCAUCGGCAACUUCCUGCAGAUGUUUGGCCCAGAGGGGGCACUGAAGCACAUGUUGAAGGAGGGGAAGGGCCGGAUGCUGCAGGCCAUCAGCCCCAGGCAGAGCCCCAGCAGCAGCCCGACGCGGGAGGAGAGCGAGCGCUCGCCCUCGCCCACUUUCCGCCUGCCCUUCUUCACCAAGACGCCCCCCUCGUCCUGCUCGCCCCCCCUCUACAGCAGCAGCCUGCAGAGCAUCAGCGAGGACGAGGACGACGAGGAUUGAACUGACCGCCGACUGCCGACCGAUGCCUCUCUUCCUCUCCCUUCCUCUCACUUACUCCCUCUCUCCAAUCCCUUCGUCGGCUUCCCUCUAUCAAGGCGAUCUCAACCGUCCGUCCGUGUUGAAGUUCACCCGCAAUCGCACACACACACACACACACACAGACACACACACACACACACACACACACACACCUCAGCUUUGAGCCACAGACGAGCGCAAAAGGGA